CAGCGCCCGAUGAGGCAACAGUUGGUCCUACGCUUCGGAUCAAAACACAGACCAGUUCGCGCUUCAGGUUAAGCUUCGUGUACUCGUGAUGUGUCGUUCUUAACCCAACUUUUUUGUUUACAUUCGCGGAUUUCGGUAGUUUCGCUGGUGUUUUCCCUGUUAUGAGGUACAGGGAAUGGCGCAAAUGUCUCGAGAUGGUGAACAGGUGAUUUUCAUCGUUGAAAAUAACAAGAUGAACUUUAGAAAUCGGAAAACGUUGCAGACAUUGACAGUGGUGGUUUUAUUGGCUUAUACGAUUCUGUUGGUUUAUCAGAGCUUUUCCACAGGAGUAAUCGACCAUGAGAUUAUGGAUGUCCGGACAUCCGAAGAAAAGACGAGAAGUUUCAGACAACGACUUCAGAGAUAUCUGUCUCGAGACCAAGACAUCGAAGGGGAUCUCCAAAAUCUAGAGAAUCCCGGAACCAUGGCCUCAAACUUCAUACCUGGAGAAGUGACACAAGUGACCAUGAGACCUUUCAUGACGGAACUGAACGAUAUGUUCAUCAGUGUGAAGACCACUAAGCAUUUUCAUAAGGAAAGGCUGCCGAUCAUCUUGAAAACGUGGUUUCAGCUUGCCAAAGACCAGACAUGGUUUUUCACCGACACUAACGACUAUGACUUCCAGAAAAUGACGAAUGGUCACAUGAUCAACACUAACUGCUCCUCUUCACACAGCCGGAAGGCCCUCUGUUGCAAGAUGUCUGUGGAGUUCGAUACAUUCAUCGAGACGGAUAAAAAAUGGUUUUGCCAUUUCGAUGAUGACAACUACGUCAACAUUCCACGCCUGGUCGAUUUCCUCGGCGAUUACAAUCCCAGAGAAGACUGGUACCUCGGAAAGCCGAGCAUACAGGCACCCUUGGAAAUAAUCAACAAGGAUAAAAGUUCGCAAAAAGUCAAGUUCUGGUUCGCCACAGGUGGUGCCGGGUUCUGCCUGAGCAAAGCGCUGGCUCUCAAGAUGAUGCCUGUAGCCAGCGGUGGCAAGUUCAUCAGCACCGGCGAGAAGAUCAGGCUGCCAGACGACGUCACGAUGGGGUACAUAAUCGAGCAUCUACUCAAGAAACCCUUGACUGUCGUGGACCAGUUCCAUUCGCAUCUGGAGCCGAUGAAAUUCAUCAGGAGGGACAUUCUCAAAGAUCAGAUUUCGUUCAGCUAUUCCAAAAAUAAGGAGGAGUGGAACGUUGUGAAGAUCGAGGGAUUCGAUACCAAAUACGACACGAACAGGUUUCUCUCCCUGCAUUGUUUCCUGUUUCCAGAAACCCGAUUCUGCCCCAGAUGAUACGAAAAAAAACCUUUGGAACGACACCGCACAUCGUCGAAGUUUCUCGAACAGACUUUGACAAAGGGUCAUCAUCAACUCGACCAUUGUAACCCGAAAGAGCGGCAAUCAUUGACGAUGAAUCGUCCGAAAAAGUGAAGAGGCAAAAUAAGAUACUUCACGCUCUAGGGCGUCAUUUUCAGAUGAUUAAACCGAGAAAUGGACACGUGCACUGGCGGUCUGAAUUCCUGCAAAUCAUCUUUGUUAUCUGUGAUUUUGUAUAUAGGCAAUGGAUAGUUGUGUAACAUUUCAUUAGUGUUUUUAUGAAGAUUAACUGUACCUCCUUCGAUAACCAAUUAACUAGUCUAGUAGGAUGAAGGAACUUCAUCCAUUUUUUUUCUUUUCAUAAUCGGUUAUUCCUUAUGUCUUGAAUUCUGGGAUAUGGUCGAAUGUCAACUGCCAUUGAUUGAAACUAAAGUCUGUUGUUCCAAAAACAAUUUUUUAAUUGCCUUUUCUUCUCAGUUAAACCAAAAGUGAGAAUCAUCUCCGUUUUAUAUCGAUGUGAAUCAUAAUAACUUAGAACUUAGAGGAAAACAUCUUUCAACUCAAUACAAAAAAAAGGAUGAAAAUGUCAAAGUAGUUGUCAAUUAACCACUUAUGUAAUUGUCGCAGCAAUUCAUACCAAAUGGCGUAACUUUGGGUCUUCAUCAUAAUCAAGAAAUAAAUGGAAGGAAAAGAAUAAGUCAGUAUCUUCUGAAAGCUGAAACCUAGAAAAAAAGGCGAUUUCGAACAUUUUUUAUAGGAACAACAGACCUUAUCUGAUAUCUAUAAAAACCCCAAAAUUCUCCCAAAUCAAUGUCAAGUGUCAUUAGGUACAUUCAAUAUUUCUAUGUCAAUGAUAAUGACAUUUUAUUACUAAUUGAAUAAUUACCUUCGAGUGUUUAUUCUCUAAUCUUUAACGAAUUCAAUGAAUUAAUACAACCAAGAAUAGCAACAUAAUCAAACAGAACUAACUUUAAUGUAAUUUGUGAUAUGAUUUCUGUAAAUGUAAAUGUAGGUAGCUGUUUUUAACCUCCAUAUUAUUUUAUGUAUAUAUUUAGAUGCUGAGUGCAAUAGAAAAUGUGUAUCGACACAGCUCAAUAAUGUUUAUAUGAAUAUAGUGUAUAAAGGUAUAAUUUGGUUGAUAACUGUAUGAUUUUAUUUUUAAUUAUGUUCUGAAUUAUUAUUAUAUGAGAAUAAAAAUUAUUGGAAUUAUAAAAA